AUGUCGAAUGUUUAUUUUCCAUACUCCAAGGCGCCCUUGCGCACAGUCAAGGAGAUCCAGUUUGGGCUCUUCUCUCCCGAGGAGAUUAAGCGGAUGAGUGUGGUGCAUGUGGAAUAUCCAGAGACGAUGGACGAACAAAGGAUGCGACCGCGGACUAAGGGUUUAAACGAUCCUCGCUUGGGUACGAUCGAUCGCCAGUGGAACUGCGAGACUUGCGAGGAAGGUCAGAAGGAAUGCCCUGGGCAUUUUGGACAUAUCGAGCUCGCGACUCCAGUCUUUCACAUUGGUUUUUUGACAAAAGUCAAGAAACUCCUCGAGACUGUCUGCCACAACUGUGGCAAGAUCAAAGCCGAUACGAACCAGUCCGAUUCCAAGUUCUUAGAAGCCUUGCGCAUGAGAGACCCCAAGCGACGUUUCGAUCACAUCUGGAGACUCUCCAAGGAUGUGCUGAUUUGCGAAGCGGAUCCCCCAGCGGACGAAGACGAGCCCUUCUCCAAAGAAAGUUCCAAGCCCGUGCGCCGGCAUGGUGGGUGCGGUAACGCCCAGCCAACGAUUCGAAAAGAAGGUAUCACUCUGGUCGGAACAUGGAAGCCCAACAAGAGCAUGAUGGACGAGGAUGAUAUGCAGCAGCCAGAGAAGAAGGUUAUCACUCCCUUGAUGGCUCUGAAUGUCUUCCGCACCAUUUCCCAGGAGGACGUCCGCAUUAUGGGUUUGAGUAAUGACUAUGCUCGACCUGAGUGGAUGAUCAUCACUGUCUUGCCUGUGCCCCCUCCCCCUGUCCGUCCCAGUGUUCUUGUCGGUGGCAGCACAAGUGGCCAGCGCGGUGAGGAUGACUUGACCUACAAGCUGGCUGAAAUCAUCCGAGCAAACCAGAAUGUGCAGCGCUGUGAACAGGAAGGCGCACCAGAACACGUUGUGCGCGAGUUCGAAUCACUUCUGCAGUAUCACGUCGCCACAUACAUGGAUAACGAUAUCGCUGGUCAGCCAAAGGCCAUGCAAAAGUCAAACAGACCGGUCAAGGCUAUCAGAAGUCGUCUCAAGGGUAAGGAAGGUCGUCUGAGACAGAACUUGAUGGGCAAGCGUGUCGAUUUCUCGGCCCGUACCGUCAUCACUGGUGAUCCUAACCUGUCACUUGAUGAGGUCGGUGUGCCAAGGAGUAUCGCCAGGACAUUGACCUACCCGGAGGUCGUCACUCCUUACAACAUCGAGAAACUCCAGCAGCUCGUUGCCAACGGUCCCAAUGAACAUCCAGGAGCAAGAUAUAUCGUUCGAGACAAUGGAGAGCGUAUCGAUUUGCGCCACGCCCGGAGAGCUGGAGGUCAACAACUGCUGUAUGGCUGGAAGGUCGAGCGGCAUCUCAUGGAUGGCGAUGUUAUUCUGUUCAAUCGUCAGCCCUCUCUCCACAAGGAAUCAAUGAUGGCUCACCGUGUCCGUGUCAUGCCUUAUUCGACGUUCCGAAUGAACUUGUCCGUCACGACUCCUUACAACGCCGAUUUCGAUGGUGACGAAAUGAACUUGCACGUCCCCCAGAGUGAGGAAUCUCGUGCGGAACUGAGCCAAUUGGCUUUGGUCCCCAUGAACAUUGUGUCACCCCAGCGUAACGGUCCGCUCAUGGGUAUUGUACAAGACACUCUUUGCGGUAUCUAUAAGAUCUGUCGUCGUGAUAUAUUCCUCACCAAGGAACAGGUGAUGAACAUCAUGCUAUGGGUUCCCGAUUGGGAUGGUGUCAUUCCUCCCCCGGCUAUCCUCAAGCCUCGACCCAGAUGGACCGGAAAACAGAUGAUCAGCAUGGCGCUUCCGUCGGGUCUCAACUUGCUGCGUGUGGAGAAGGAUAACUCUUCCCUGGCGGAGAAGUUCUCUCCUUUAACGGACGGCGGUGUCCUCAUCCACGGCGGACAGUUGAUGUAUGGAAUGCUGUCCAAGAAGACUGUUGGUGCUAGUGGUGGUGGUGUCAUCCACACGAUCUUUAACGAGUAUGGACCGGAGACUGCAGUGGCUUUCUUCAAUGGAGCUCAAACCAUUGUUAACUAUUGGUUGCUCCAUAAUGGAUUCAGCAUUGGUAUCGGUGAUACCAUUCCGGACGCAGUCACAAUCCAACGGAUUGAGAACUGUGUGCGUGAGCGGAAGCAAGAAGUUGAGGCUAUCACAGCAAGUGCUACGGAGAAUACCCUGGAGCCCUUACCUGGUAUGAACGUGCGAGAGACUUUCGAAAGCAAGGUCUCGCGCGCUCUGAACAACGCUCGUGAUGAGGCAGGUAGUGAGACCGAAAAGAGCUUGAAGGACCUCAACAACGCCAUUCAAAUGGCUCGUUCUGGAUCCAAGGGUUCGACGAUCAAUAUUUCUCAGAUGACUGCGGUCGUUGGACAGCAGUCCGUUGAGGGUAAGCGUAUUCCGUUCGGAUUUAAGUACCGUACCCUGCCGCACUUUACGAAGGAUGAUUACUCUCCUGAAUCUCGUGGCUUCGUUGAGAACUCCUACCUGCGUGGUUUGACACCCACCGAAUUUUUCUUCCAUGCCAUGGCGGGUCGCGAAGGUUUGAUUGACACUGCUGUCAAGACUGCCGAGACUGGUUACAUUCAGCGAAAGCUAGUCAAGGCGUUGGAAGAGGUGAUGGUCAAGUACGAUGGCACUGUGCGAAACUCCCUGGGUGAUGUUAUUCAAUUCAUCUACGGAGAAGACGGUUUGGAUGGUGGCCACAUCGAGAACCAGCGGGUUGACAUCAUCAAGUGUUCCGAUGAGAAGCUCAGAGAGCGGUUCCGUGUUGACCUCAUGGACCCCGAGAGGAGCCUGGGACCUGAAGUCUUGGAACAAGCUAAUGAGAUUGCGGGUGAUGUGGAAGUUCAGAGAUAUCUUGACGAGGAAUGGGAACAGUUGCUCAAGGAUCGGGCCUUCCUUCGCAGUGUCGUGAAGGAAGACGAUGAAAUGAUGCAACUUCCGAUCAACGUACAGCGAAUUCUUGAAACUGCCAGGAGCACAUUCAGGAUCCGUGAGGGAGCUAUCAGUGAUUUGCACCCUGCUGAAGUUGUCCCUCAGGUUCAAUCUCUGCUUGACCGCUUGCUCGUUGUGCGUGGUGACGAUCCUAUCUCGCACGAGGCCCAGGAGAAUGCUACCUUGUUGUUCAAGGCUCAGCUUCGCAGCCGUCUCGCAUUCCGUAGACUAGUCACUGAGUAUUCGAUGAAUAAGCUGGCGUUCCAGCACGUUCUUGGUGCCAUUGAGAGCAGAUUUGCUAAGGCUGCUGCCAGCCCCGGCGAAAUGGUUGGUGUCCUCGCUGCUCAGUCUAUUGGUGAGCCUGCUACGCAGAUGACCCUGAACACUUUCCACUUCGCUGGUGUUUCGUCGAAGAACGUCACUCUUGGUGUUCCUCGUCUGAAGGAAAUUCUCAAUGUUGCGACCAACAUCAAGACACCUUCUAUGACUGUCUACCAGAUGCCUUCUAAGUGCCACGACAAGGAAUCUGCCAAGCAGUUGCGAAGUGCUGUCGAGCAUACGAGUCUGAGAUCGGUCACUGAAGCGACCGAGAUUUACUAUGAUCCGGACAUUCAAACUACUGUCAUCGAGAACGAUCGGGAUAUGGUCGAGUCUUACUUCAUCAUUCCUGAGGAUGUCACUGACGCCUCUUCUCGUCAAUCUAAGUGGCUGCUUCGUAUCAUUCUCAGUCGACCAAAGCUUCUCGACAAGGGUCUUACGGUACAGGAUGUCGCUGCUCGUAUCAAGCAGGCGUACCCCAAGGAUAUUGCUGUCAUCUUCAGUGAUAACAACGCUGAUGAGCAGGUCAUCCGUAUCCGUCAAAUUCAAGACUACAAGGAAGACGAAGAACAUGAUGAUGACAUCGAGUACGAUGUUACUCUCAAGAAGUUGGAGCAGCAUCUUCUUGAUACUCUUACUCUUCGUGGUGUUCAGGGCGUCGAACGUGCGUUCAUCAACGAGAAGAGUAAGGUCCGGGUCCUCGAAGAUGGUUCCUUGUUCGCCAGCAAGACCGAUCCACUCUGCAAGGAAUGGGUUCUGGAAACAAGUGGCUCCUCGCUCGGAGAGGUUUUGGCCGUUCCUGGAGUUGACGCUUCCCGUACAUACUCGAAUCAGUUCAUUGAGGUGUUUGAAGUCUUCGGUAUCGAGGCUGCUCGUACAGCUGUCCUUCGUGAGUUGACUCAGGUGCUUGCUUUUGACGGUUCUUAUGUCAACCAUCGCCAUUUGGCCCUUCUGGUCGAUGUCAUGACCGUGCGAGGAUACCUCACACCAGUCACUCGUCACGGUAUCAACCGUGCCGACAAUGGUGCUCUGAUGAGGUGUUCGUUCGAAGAAACCGUGGAGAUUCUGCUGGAAGCUGCGGCCUUCGGAGAGCUUGAUGACUGCCGUGGUGUGUCUGAAAAUCUGAUUCUGGGUCAGAUGGCGCCAGCGGGGACAGGAGAGUUCGAUCUCUACCUUGACCAGACCCUCCUCAACACAGUUGUGUCGAACAAUGCCAGAUUCGGUGUCAUGGGAGCUAUUGGGGCCAAGGAUGCGAUCAUCUCCGAUGGUGCUGCUACGCAAUACGACACUGGUUCGCCGAUGCAGGAAAGUGCAUACAUUGGUACGCCAGACCCAGAUUCGGCGUUCUCGCCCAUCGGGCAGGCAGGUGCGGAAACUCCUGGUGGCUUCACCGAAUAUCAACCUACUGGUGGAUUUGGCGGUGGAUUCAGCCCUGCGGCUACAAGCCCAGCAGGCUACUCGCCUACCAGUCCAUUCUCCGCCAACCCAACGUCUCCUGGUUAUUCGCCUACGACGAGCUAUUCCCCCAUAGCUCCGGGUAUUACCAGUCCUCGCUUCAACACGUCUCCAGGGUUCAUGACGUCUCCAGGGUUCUCUCCAGUCAGUCCGUCGUUUGCCCCGACGUCGCCUGCUUACUCGCCUACGUCGCCGGCUUAUGGGCAAGCAUCGCCGACUUCACCGUCCUACUCUCCCACUUCGCCCGGCUUCUCGCCAACGUCGCCCAAUUAUAGCCCUACGUCACCCAGCUUCAGUCCGGCAUCUCCUGCGUUCAGCCCGACAUCGCCAAGCUACAGUCCCACCAGUCCUGCUAUUGGUGGCGCUGGCCGACAUCUAUCCCCCACUUCACCUACCUCUCCCAAAUACACUCCUACUUCACCUGGCUGGUCUCCUACGAGCCCGCAGACGUACUCUCCAACGUCACCUAACUUUGCUGGAUCGCCGACGUCUCCUGGAGGCCCAACAUCUCCUGGAUACAGUCCCACUUCUCCGGCCUUCAGCCCAUCGUAUGUUCCUCCUCCCCCCUGCCUGAUUGAUGAUUGUACGUCUGGCUAA